GCAUCCCGGCUGCUGAGUCCCAUCCCAAAUGGCUGUGAUCACCAUGACAACGCUGACUUCAGCCUCCACCACCUCCUCAGGCUCGGAGCCCACUGGGUGCUGGCUGAUGGCUCGGUGCGGGCAGCGGAUUGAGGAUGUCCUCGGUGUUCGGCAAACCCCGAGCCGGCGGCGAGCGGCCACCCCAGAGCCCCCUCGGCGAGUGCAACGUGGCCAUCCUGGGGUGCCGCGGGGUGGGCAAGUCAGCUCUGACCGUGAAGUUUCUAACCAAGAGGUUCAUAGGUGAAUACGAUCCGAACCUGGAGGACACCUACACCUCGGAGGAGCUGGUGGACCAACAGCCUGUGCUGCUGAAGGUGAUGGACACGGCUGACGAGGAUGGUCCCGGGAAUUGCGAGCGCUACCUGGGCUGGGCUAGUGCCUUCCUCGUGGUGUACAGCAUCGAUGACAGGAGGAGCUUCGAGGGCUGCCAGCGCUACCUGGAGGUGCUGGCCCUGCAUGCGCAGGGCUGCCAGAGCCGCUGUCCUGUGCUCCUGCUGGGCAACAAGCUGGACAUGGAGGAGUACAGGCAGGUGCCGGCAGCUGAGGGGCUGUCCCUGGCGCACCGGUUCGGGUGCCUGCACUACGAGGUGUCAGCGUGCCAGGACUUCACUGGGGUGCAGCGUGUGUUCCAUGAGGCCGUACGUGAGGUCCGGCGCCGGGCGCAGUGGAACCUACCCGUGCGGCCGCUCUUCAUCACCGAGGAGCGGCCAUGCCUGCCUGUGGCCACGGCGCUGGCGCUGCCUGCCCGGCACGGCCUGCCCGGCUGCACCUUCAACACCCUCUCCACCGUCAACUACAAGGAGAUCCCCUCGGUGGCACAGGCCAAGCUGGUCACUGUCAAGUCAUCGCGGGCACAGAGCAAGAGGAAGGCUCCAACGCUCACCCUGCUGAAGGGGUUCAAGAUCUUUUAGGUGUCCCUGCUGCGGAGGGGAUGGGGAGAGACUAUUCCUCUGGCUCUGGAUGGACCAGGACUAUCCAUGAUGGACUGAUGGUGGGCAGGGCAAAGCCUGUGGUGGUGAUCCGGUGAGCAGAUGGGGUGCUGAGAGCCUGAAAUCAGUCGUGGCAUCACCCUGACCCCUCUGGCUGGGCGCUGCCGCAGUGUGUGCAUCCCUGUCCUGCCAACAGCACCAGGGACCAGCCUGGCUUUCCGGGUGGAUCCAGGCAGUUCUGGGAGCAGCCAGAGCUAUGGGCACCACUGGGAUGGUGAGGGCUGUUCCCAGGGACCUCCAGCCAGCUCAGAGCACAGCGAUGGGAGCCCAGGAAGGGGGACUCAAUCAUCAAUGAAGCAUGGGGGCACCCACCUUGCUCCUCUCAUGGGUGCCGUCACUGAGCAAUAAGUAAGAUGAAUUUUGGGGUAUUUUUAAUCCAAGGUGCAGAUACUGUUUAAGUCAACUGAAGGCCUCAGGUGUCCCGAAACCAAUUCCCAUGCAUCAAAUAAGUCAUACCAAAAUAGCUGGGGUUUAAUCCACUCUUUACAGCAUAGCAUUCCUUUUCAAAGGCUUUGCAAGGAUGGAUGCUUCACUGAUGAGGACGAGCUCCAAAAAGCCUUUGUUUAAAAGACUGACGUGUUUAAAAUAUGUCUUCAAUUAUUUCAUGGCUUCUACAUGUGCCCAGUGAAGGGCAUGAAGUGAAUCCCAAACCAGACCAGGCUCUGCCUCUGCCUGAGCCAGGACCAAGGGCUGUGCGCUCAGCUUCAUUUGCUGUGUCAGGUUAAACAUGCUGCUCCUCCCUGGAGCUGCAGUUACUCUGCAGAGUAACACAUCACAUGUAUAUUUGUACAUAUAGCAUAUAUAUAUAUAUAUGUAUCUGACCUUACUGAUAGAGAUUCAAUAUGGGAUUUCA